AUGGCAAAACCAUUGGGGUGGAUGCUUAUGGUUGGCUACACCGUGGGACAGUAUCAUGUGCUAUGGAUCUUGCUAUGGGAAAGCCGACAAGAAAGUAUGGAGCCUGGGCCCAAUGAGGAAAGAAAUAUGCUAAACAAGAAAGCAGAUAUGUUGAGUAUUGUAUGCACCGGUAAAGCUGCAACAGAGAAGGACAGAGAAAAGCGCCGGGAGGAUAGCAAACGAAUUGGACAAGACUUAUUGAAUGCUGGAAAGACCUCCCAAGCAUACCUGGAAUUUCAAAAAGCGGUUGAUGUGACCCCAGAGAUGGCGCGCCAUGUAAUUGAUGAGUUGAAAGAGAUGGGAGUACAAUAUAUUGUCGCUCCAUAUGAAGCCGAUGCCCAAAUGGUUUACCUGGAACGACAAGGCAUAAUCGAUGGAAUACUAUCUGAAGACUCUGAUCUUUUGGUGUUUGGUGCUAAAUGUCUUCUAACCAAGUUGGAUCAGUACGGCAACUGCAUCGAAGUCAACAAGGCAGAUUUUUGUGCUUGCAAAGAUGUCAACUUAACUGGUUGGUCUGAUGCCGAGUUUCGGAGGAUGGCAAUCCUAAGUGGCUGUGAUUAUCUAGCUAGCAUGAGCAAUAUAGGGCUAAAGACAGCUUAUCGGCUAGUUCGGAAGCAUAAGACUAUCGAAAAAGUCGUUCGAAUGAUUCAAUUUGACGGGAAAUUUCAUGUGCCGAAAAAUUACCUUGAAUCUUUUUAUCAAGCCGAGUUCACUUUUUUACAUCAAAGAGUUUUCUGUCCGCGAACUCUCAAAUUAGUCCUCCAUACCCAACCUGGUAUUCCACUUACGGAGGAUCAAACCCAAUUUAUUGGACACGACGUUUCACCGGAGAUUGCUCGAGGGGUUGCAAAAGGCGAUUUGAAUCCUAUCACGAAACAACCCAUUGUGACUGAACGAAGAAACAAGAUGGCAAAUCCUUUUACGGCGUCGAAGAGAUCUGUCUCUACGAGCGACUUGAAGAAGGGUGUUUCCAUUGAUACAUAUUUCAAAGCUAAGCGAACCCCUCUUGCGGAGCUUGACAUCAAUUGCUUUCAACCUUCUCACAGUCAACAAGAGAUUCUUUCUCGUAAUUCAGGGCCGUGGAUUGCUGAGCCGGUUCGUCCAUACUUACAACGAUCUACUACCGAAAUAGAACCUCAAUUGCCUCCUCACCCCACUACUCGAAGCUCCAGAUCGACUGGAAGAAGAGUGAAUUCGCUUACUGAAUCUCGACCACCAAAACGUGCACGACUUUGUGAGGAUGAUUCAUUACUUCAAACACCAGGAACUGGUCAGAAAGUGGAGCUAGGUCGAAGCCGUUUCUUUGUGGAUGGGUUUGAAGAUGACAGUCCAAGUAUUUCCAAGGUCUCUAAGAGAAAGAAUAAACAGAAGGAAGAUAUAACCAUCUUCUCGGAUGAUUCGAUUGAAGAAGCUAUGAUGAGCAUUCCAGAUAUUGAUAACUAUUUGACAACCAGAAAGCCAAAGAUCAAAAUCUUCAGAGAGGCUUCAUCCAAAUCUACUCAUGAUUCCCAGGAAAGUACGAGUACCUUUAGUCAGCACGAUCAGACUGAAGACUCUCAAAUUACGGUCCCUGAUCUCGAAUCAUCUACCACCAGCAGGAACUCAUCUGAACAACCACCUUCUCCAAUCCUUGAAUCGUCCACCCCGCUUCCCGACCUUAGGAGCAGGUUUUCUCUGGAUGCUUCAACUUUUUCAACACCGAAGACUACUACCCUCAGUCAAGGUCUCCCAACUCCACUGUCCACUUCCACACAGUUUCAGUCGAGGAUUCCUGUUUCGGCAAAGUUGGACACCAGAGCUACAAAGAAAUCCGUCACAACCUCUGCCAAAUCUGUUCUCACGCCUCUUCAACGACUAGGUGCUGCCGCACAUAACCGCUUCAAGCUACCACCCACACCUCCAAUGACUCCCAUGCUGGCCGCCGGUCCCAUCGCCUUUCUUCGAAAAUCCAACGUUCCUUUCCCCGGGGCCACCAAAGAGAAAAAGUCAAGAUCAGCAGAAGUUCAACCGGCAUCCGUCCCGUUGCCUCCAAUUGAUGACACUGAGGUAGCUGCUUUGAACCAGAAGGGUAGUGAGGAUUUGAUUAUACCAGAUAGCGAGGGAGAGGAAGAGCCAUUGUCACCUGUUCAAGAAAAGUCAAAUAAGGGAUUAGGUUUGGGCCUCAAUUUAGGGCGAUUUGUUUAUGCCGGUUGA